CCCAUCACUUCCUCCAAGUGCUCAAUACUCUCCACAGCAGAUAUAUCUGCAGCAAGUCCGUUCCAGAGGGAAAAGAAUGCUCUGCCAAAGGUGCAUUGGUCGACAAAUCAUAGCAGCGGCGCCGGUCGGUCGUCGCUGCGUAAGCGGUUAUAUCCCCGCUUUUACGUCGGUCAUCCCGUUCUCGAUUCAAGUACGGACUGAGUCGCGAUCUUACACCCAUUCAGCGUUGCCAAAGCAGUCAUCCGGCAGUAGAUGGGCUUCAGCAAAAGCAGCUUCCGGUAUUCAUUCAGCAGCUUCUUGGUGGCUAUCAGAAAGGCGCGGUCCGAGCAGCUGUGCGUGGGGACAACAGACUCGGUCGGCCGUGACGCUAGUGCGCAAGCCGGCGGAGCCGGAAGAGCCGGACGUUUUCAAGAGCGGUGACCCUGACAUUAUUCUGACUGAACGAGCGCAAGAAAAGUUGAAGCAGGUCUCAGAAACGGAGAAGAACCCCAAUUUGGCGCUGCGGAUAGCUGUCGAGCCUGGCGGAUGCCACGGCUAUCAGUACAAGAUGGAGUUAACGGACGAAGCCGAAGACGAUGACUUUCACUUCAAGGCCGCAGAAGGAGUGACACUUUUCAUUGACUCGGUCUCGCUCAAUUUGGUCAAAGGCUCGACAAUAGAUUUUGUUACGGAGCUCAUUGGGAGCCAAUUUGCCAUCAAGGACAACCCUCAAGCAAAAGGUGCCGGCUGCGGUUGCGGUGUAUCCUGGGAGCCUAUAAUUUGACGUUUGGCAAAAUCAUUUGCAGUCUAACGCAUACUUCAUUACGUAGCCUUUUAAAAAUCACUAUUGUGGGUGUCUAGAGUUGCGGUACAUGAUGCAGGGACCAAGUAUUCCAUCUCUCUCUUAAGCAAAGGCCCACGCAUCGGGACCAUGUGUCUUUGUCCAU